UCAUCACUUUUUCCUCACUUUAUAAAUACAACACACGACGGCGUUACAUGACCAUCCACGAUCCACACCACACUCUCUCUCUCUCUCUCACUCAUCAGCAAUGGCGCAGCUCCAUGUCCUGAUGAUCCCCCUGAUGUCACAGAGCCACAUAAUCCCCCUGAGCGACUUCGCGAAAUCCCUGGCCCGCCGCGGCGCCCUGGUGUCCAUCGUGACCACCCCCCUCAACGCCCAGCGCUACAAACCCAUCCUCGACACCUCCGCCGCCCAGAAUCUCCGCAUCCAGAUGAUCCCCCUCCACUUCCCCUGCCGCGAGGCCGGCCUCCCCGACGGCUGCGAGAAUCUCGACACCCUCAACUCCCUCCACCUCGCCCGCCAAUUCUUCCACGCCUGCAAACUCCUCCAAGCCCCCCUCCGCGCCCUCAUCCACCAGCUCCGCCCCGCCCCCAACUGCAUCAUCUCCACCAGCGCCAUUUCCUGGACCCAGGACCUCGCCGACGCCUUCCGAAUCCCGCGCUACGUCUUCGAAACCGUCUCCUGCUUCACCCUCCACUGCUCCAAAAAAAUCUCUAAUGUCACAGACAAAGACGGUGUAUUUCUAGUGCCACAAAUUCCUCACCGGAUCGAAUUUUCCAGAAACCAGUUACCUCAAAUCUCGACCCAGGAUUCGGAUCCGUACGUUGACCGUGUCCCGGCUCUAGGCCGGGGCACGCUGGUGAACAGCUUCGAGGAGCUGGAGCCGUGGUACCUGGCGGCAUGCAGGGAGGAGAGAGGAAACGUGUGGGCCGUGGGCCCCGUUUCUCUCUCCAACCGGGAGGUUUCAGAGCGGUUUAAGAGAGGGAACGAGGCUUCAAUCGAUCCCCAUUACUGCCUGACGUGGCUGGAGUCCAUGAAAAGGCAUUCCGUGGUGUACGCCUGUUUUGGGAGCCUGUGCUCUUUAUCUCUGGAGCAGAUAAUCGAGAUAGGUUUAGGGUUGGAGGAAUCUGGCUUUCCUUUCAUUUGGAUUAUCAGGAAACAGGAGAAGAACUCCGGCGAGGUGGAGGAGUGGCUGGCGGCGGAGGGGUUCGUGGAGAGGGUCCGAGGAAGGGGGCUGGUGGUGCGGGGAUGGGCCCCGCAGGUGAUGAUACUGUCGCACCCGUCGGUGGGAGGGUUUCUGACGCACUGUGGGUGGAACUCGACUCUGGAGGGGGUGAGCGCCGGCGUGCCCAUGAUCACGUGGCCCAUGUUUGCGGAGCAGUUUUACAAUGAGAAGAUGGUGGUGGAUGUGUUGGGGAUUGGGGUGAGGGUAGGGGUGGAGAGCUGCAUGGAGAAGCAGGGUGUGGUGGGGCGGGAGCGAGUGAGAUGUGCUGUCGAAGAAUUGAUGAUGGAUGAGAGAGAGGAUAGGAGAGAGAGAGCUGAGGCGCUUGCGAGGUCGGCCAGGGAUGCAUAUGAAGAAGGGGGUUCGUCUUCCUUAAAUGUCACCUUGUUUAUUCAAGACGUUGUCAGGGCAAAUGCAGAAUUAAUGGUCAAUGUAUGAUUGUAACUUUAAAUCUAGUACUUGGACGUAGAAACAAUGAAUUAAUGGUGCAUGUCUUCAACACAUAUAUACUCCUUAAUUUUAUUUA